AUGGUUGACACCAACACUAUCGGCGAUUCUGCUGAGGGUAGCGGCGAGCUCCUGCGAUCUCCUAGGACUAUGCGUAUCUUGAUAUGUGGAUGCUGGGAUCUGAUGCACACUGGUCACUUCAAUGCCAUCAGACAAGUUGCGACCAUCGCUCACGAGAUUGAGAGGGAGAAAGAAUUGGAAGGGGAGAGGGUUCGUGUUGAAGUCGUGGCUGGAAUUCACCCUAACAAGGAAAUCCGUCGAGUAAAAGGAGGAGAGUUCGUCUGUUCGGAAGAAGAGAAGGAGACGAUGUUGAGAUCCUGCAAAUGGGUGGAUGACAUUGUGCACGAUGUUCCUUACAAGCCCCUCACAGUGGAGUUCCUGGAUAAGCAUCGCAUCGAUUAUGCGGUGCAUGGUGACGACAUUGCGAAAGCCUCUGAUGGUACCGAUAUGUAUGGUUACGUCAAAGAAGCUGGCAGAUACCGCGAGUUUAGGAGGAGCGAGUGUAUCUCUACAACGACCCUGAUCAAUAGAAUUUUGGGUUGUUCUCCCGGUGCAAACGCCAACGAGGCUUUCUCACUGACCAGCAGGAGGAUGACCGAAUUUUCUCGAGGUUACAGGCCUAUCGAGAGUGCCAGUAAA